AUGAUUCAUGGUCCAUGUGGAAUACUAAAUCCAAAUUCUCCGUGUAUGGUUGAAGGGAAAUGCUCAAAACGCUACCCAAGACAAUUAGUAGCAGAAACUAUUACUGGACAAGAUGGAUAUCCACUUUAUCGCCGCCGAUCUAUUGAUGACAAUGGAAAGUCAACAAUAGUCAAAGUAAAUCAACAGGACAUUGAAGUUGAUAAUCGUUGGGUUGUUCCGUUUUCGCCAUUACUCUGCAAGGCAUAUAAAGCACACAUAAACGUAGAAUUUUGCCACUCCGUAAAAUCGAUUAAAUACGUUUGCAAGUACGUGACCAAAGGUAGUGACAUGGCUGUCUUCGGAGUUGCUGCCGAAAAUUUAAAAGAUUUCAAUGUUCAUGGUCCAACAUCAUUCCAACAUCUGCGAACUGUUAAUGGUGUUUUGUGUGGCACAUACAGAGAAGCCUGUCAACAUUUGGGACUGUUAGAGAAUGACACUCAUUGGGACCACACUCUCGAAGAAGAACGUAUAGCAAAGAUUUCGUCAAAUGCUAAACAAAUACGAACAUUAUUUGCUAUAAUUUUGUCUACAUGCUUCCCGUCAACACCGAUUGAUUUAUGGCAUAAAUAUAAAGAUCAUAUGGCAGAAGAUAUAUUGCAUCAGAUGCGUCUUAGAACACCGAAUGCAGAUUUGCAAAUGAACGAAGAAAUUUACAAUGAAGCAUUAAUUUUAAUUGAAGACAUGUGCUUGAUGCUUACCAACAAAGUAUUAAUACAAAUAGGAAUGAUAGCACCCAAUCGCCCAAUGCACGACGCAUUUAAUCAAGAAUUAAGACGGGAAACCGAAUACGAUUCCGAAACAUUGCGAGAAAUCGUUGAUAGAACAGUUCCCCUUUUAAAUCAACAACAAAAAUAUGCCUAUGAUACGCUCAUGAAAGUAGUGAACGAUGGAACUGGCGGAUUUUAUUAUUUAGAUGUUCCCGGUGGCACUGGGAAAACUUUUUUGUUAUCAUUGAUUUUGGCGACGAUUCGAUCGCAAAAUGGAAUUGCAUUAGCCCUAGCUUCAUCAGGUAUUGCAGCUACGUUGUUGGAAGGCGGUCGAACAGCUCAUUCAGCUCUCAAGCUGCAUUUGAACCUUCAGAUUAAUGAAACUCCAACUUGCAACCUUUCGAGGAAUUCUGCGAUGGCCAAAGUGCUGCAGCAAACCAGAUUGAUCAUUUGGGAUGAAUGUACGAUGGCACACAAAAAAUCUUUGGAGGCAUUAGAUCGCUCGAUGCAAGAUUUACGAAAUAACAAAAACCGGUUUGGUGGUGCUAUGAUAUUAUUGGCAGGUUAUUUUCGACAAAUAUUGCCAGUUGUUCCACGCUCAACGCCAGCUGAUGAACUGAAUGCAUGUUUGAAGUCGUCCAUUUUAUGGAAAUACAUUAAAAUACUUAAAUUGAGUAUAAACAUGAGAGUUGAAUUGCAGGAAGACCAGUCGGGAGAAGUGUUUUCCAAACAGCUGCUCGAUAUUGGUAAUGGUAAUAUUGCUGUUGAAACAUCAUCUGGAUAUAUAACAUUCCCAAAGAAUUUUUCAAACUAUUGUGAAUCAAAGACUGAACUCAUGGAGAUGGUUUUUCCAAACAUUGCUCAAAAUUACAAAAAUCACGUUUGGUUAAGCGAACGUGUUAUAUUGGCCGCAAAAAAUGUUGAUGUGAACGAAAUGAAUUUUCAGAUUCAGGAGAAAAUAUCUGGCGAAUUGAAGAAUUACAAAUCAAUUGAUUCGGUUACUAAUGAAGAUGAAGUUGUCAAUUAUCCAAUUGAAUUUUUGAAUUCGCUGGAUUUGCCCGGCUUACCACCUCAUAAUCUGCAAUUAAAAAUCGGAUCCGUAAUUAUUAUGUUACGGAACAUAAACCAGCCACGUCUGUGUAAUGGCACCCGGCUGGCGGUGAAGAAAUUAUUGAACAACGUCAUCGAAGCCACAAUUUUGAAAGGGAAGUACAAAGGCGAAGAUGUUUUAAUCCCACGCAUCCCUUUGAUACCGAACGACAUGCCAUUUAACUUUAAACGUUUACAGUUCCCAGUGCGGCUUGCAUUUGCAAUGUCGAUAAAUAAAUCGCAAGGGCAGUCGCUAAGUGUAUGUGGCAUUAACCUAGAAAAUCCAUGUUUUACACAUGGCCAAUUAUAUGUCGCCUGUUCCCGUGUCGGAAACCCAUCAACAUUAUUUAUUUACGCGCCAGAACAUAAAACUAAAAAUAUUGUUUAUCAAAAAGCAUGA